ACCAUCAACGCUUGCCAUCUGAAUGAGAGCCCGCGAGGCCCAAGAAGUCAGCGCCCGCUCAGCUGCUUGAGCCUAAAAGGUAGGUACACACGGUACACACAUGCUAAUUUCUUUUCCGCGUCUUCCAUGUACUACUGGUAUUAGUAUUACUACUAGUAUUUCAUAUCUUCCAUAAAGGUGUUAUGGAUCUCAUUGAUCUCAUGACCAGCUGCUCUCUUUGCUCUCUCUUAGCUCUCUUAUCUCUCACCAACCGCUGGUCGUUUUUGCUCUUUUUUUCUUUUCCCCAGCGCGACAUGAAGUCAUCACCAUGAAAGCCUUAGGUGGGAUACUUUCUGAAGCUUAUGCAUCAUGGUCCUACUCUAUUUCUCAGUGUUGUCAGUCUUUAACUUCUUACUUCGAUGAGAAGCCUCAUCAACCCGUCGACCGCAAGUCGCUCGAUAUUGAUGUUAUUUAUCAAGAACCUUCUUUCAUGCCUCCUCCUUCGUUAGCACCGUCGAGGCCGAGUAGGGAGGAGCGGGCUCCGAGGAAGAGACAUGGACCUAGUCGCAGUGGCUUCUCCGCGAGAAAACUACUAUCACGACCCAGUUCAUCAUCGUCGCGCCGGCCGCAAAUAUCAGCUCCUACUAAUUUCCGUCAUCUUUAUUCGGAGUCUUUUCGUUUCCCGGAUUACUACCCAGCCCAAGUGAGACCGCAACCACCUUUUCGCCCUCUUGAACUCAGCAUAUACAUGACCGAUAAUCGAUUAUCACCGAUCCUGCCGCAUAUAGACUAUCCUACGCCCCCAGUCACACCCCCACCGCGUGCCUUCACUCUCUCGAGCCAUAGUGAAGAUAGUCCUCCUAUCCCACAUUCGCGUAGUUACUCAUCUAUGUCGUUCCACAUUCCCCGUAGGCCAAUCAACGACGGUUCCGUAUUUGAUUCCCCGCGGUCCAAUACCAGUACACCACAGCGACCCCAACCGGCUAGGGUUCGGGGUUACACAUCGCCGGCAUCAUCGAGUCCUAUGAUGGAUGAUCUUGUCGAAAGGGUCGCAACCGCUAUGAUGGAACGAGACAAACUACAGGAGCAAAUUGACGACGUAGUCGAGAGGCAGAGCAUUUAUAUCAGCAGCCGACCAUCAACUGCACAUGGACAACCGGAGUUGGAGCCCAUGCCAGAUAUCCCGGCGCUGCCCCCUAAUGCUCCCUCGUUUAGCGAGCGUCUCAGUUGCGACCGACCGCAAACUGCUCCAUCUCAACCCAUGGGUCGCACCCCAUAUAAAGCGAACUCAUCGCGGAAGGUAGAGGGGCGGGUUCCUCCUCCACCAUUACCACUUCGACUACGACCACCAUUACGAAAAAAGAAAUCAUUCUCGCGUGUUUCUACUUGGCUGUUCCCUGGAGAGGAGUAUAAUAAGCAAGACAUCAGUCUUGAUUCUCUUACCAAUGUUCCCAAACCGACAACUGGUGCAGAUGGGUUUUAUCAAAUCGCCGAUCCCGAGGCGGACGAACGGUGCAGCUUUGACACUUUGUCCACCAGCUCGGACUGGACCGUGGAGGAAGAGCAGACGUUACCGACUAGUCUAUCACCUAGCAGUACCGCGACUUUGAGAGCGAGGCUGGAGCCUCCGAUGGGAAUCGCGUCCGGAUUACAGCGGCCGGUGGUGAUUCCACAACGGCAGAGUGUUGGCGUUGCCGUCUAAUUUUCGAUUCUUCUGUGUUAUAGCAUUCUAUGAUACCAUCCGGUACUAAGGGACCGUGUAUAUACUUUUAUCCUGCCCAAGCGAGGCGGGGAUAUUUAUUGGGAGGCAUAGAUUUGGACUCGGGAAAAGGGCAUCAAAAGCAGGUACUAAUCAUGAUGCUAGGGUAAUGGGGAUAGAAUCGGAAGGAGGUGGAUUUUGUUUAACCUCUAGGGGGUUACUAACCCGUGCUGCUGGCAUGUGCAAAUGAUACCCAAUAGGUAGUGUGAGCGAGUGAUGAUCGGAUCGAAUUUGUUUGGUAUCCCCUGUGCCCCUCGUCUUGGUGGAGGGAUAUGACUUCUAGGUACACAUGGGAUCUGCGUGUAGGUACUUGCAUACUCAGCUCUAGCUGUCAGUAAAGAAGCUCCCCCCCAAACAUACAACUAAUGAAUGAUAACACAAAUAAACCUUAAAAUUAUUGGAAUACACUAAGAAAUGAUUGACUCCUGAGUG